AUGGAGGACCCCACCGUUAUGGAGGAACCUACCCAAUACUUUCUCGACGCCCUUGCCGAGGUGUCCUAUGAUGAAGAUCCAUCCAAGGCUCUCUUGGGUCUCGACGAAUGGAAAGUACCCGAGUCAAUUUUCCGCGAGGAUGGUUCCUGCAUGUCCAUCUGGGAACUUGCUCGUGCCAAUGGAUAUCGUUUCGAAGGAAAGAACGACCAGUUUGCCGGCUGCACUUUCGACGAGGCCUUUUGUGAACUCGGUGUAGACCCAGUCAUUGGCCCAUUGACUGAGGAUCACCUGGAGCUUGGCCCUGAAUUGCCUACUCCCAUCGUGGCUGAUGAUGUGACCACACAGAGCACUUGCGCCAACCAGCCGCCGACCACAGUCUAUCCGCUGGAUACCCUCGUGUCUCUCGAAAACGCCGACCUGGGUCCUCCUCUUGCAGUCGUUAAACUCACUCCCGCCACUGAUGCUCCAGUCAACCAACAGGCCCCGGUCACCAUUGACCCAGCUGUUCAAGUCACCCCCGCCACUGAUGCCACUGAUGCCCCAGCCACCAACGUUGCUCCAGUCACCAUUGAUCCAGACGUCCAAGUAGCUCCUGCCACAUCCGGUUCGGCACCUGGUACGGUCAAGGUGUUUACCUUGCCACAAGCCAAAUCGUGCCCUCAACCUGCUAAGCGACCACCCAAGCAGAACGCCAAGCGGGCCCCCAAGAGGAAGCAAAAUGACGAGUUACACAAUACAAAGAAGAAGACAAAGGCGCAAAGCACCCCACGCAAGGCGAAGGGCAAGACAACUCUAGCCCCAGUCCCACAACCUCUUCCAAAGAUUGCGCCUGCUCCAAUGACACCAAUUCCUGCCCCUAUGACUCGUGUCCCUACCCCGACGACUCCAGUAACCGGGGUCACCAACAAGACAGCGGCCCAUCCCAGUCAACAGCAGCUUCAAAUCCAAGCACAUCUUCGAAGCCAAGAGCAGUUUCUUCGUACUGAAUGGCAGCAAAUUCAGGAACAGGGAGCUCAUCUGAAACAGCAGCAACCCGGGGAUGAACAGCAGCUCCAGAUCCACCGACAGCAGUGUCAGGUGUACCAGCAGCAGUUUAAUCUAUUCAAAUACAAGAUCGAUCAGCACAAACAGCAAGUCCGUCAAUACCGAUAUCAGCAUCAGCAUCAGCAUGCAAGUCAACAAACCCAGCAAGCUCAGCAGCCCGCCCAGAAAUUGCAAGCAGUUUAUCCCUCCCCUCCCAAGCAGCGCAUGCAGUCUGUGAUGCAACAGACCCAGCAACUGCAAGUUUCAGCGGCUCAGCGAGUUCAACAGCCCACCCAGCAAAUGCAACCAGUUUAUUCCACUCCUUCCAAGCAGCGUACGCAGUCUGUGAUGCCACAAACCCAGAAAGCCCAGCAGCCCGCCCAGAAAAUGCAAGCAAUUUAUCCCUCCCCUCCCAAGGAGCGCAUGCAGUCUGUAAUGCAACAGACCCAGCAACUCCAAGCUUCAGCAGCGCAACAAGCUCAGCAACCUGGCCUGCAAAUGCAAGCAAUUUAUUCCACCCCUCCCAAGCAGCGUGCGCAGUCUGUGAUGCCACAAACCCAGCAACUUCAAGCAGUUUAUCCCUCCCCUACCAAGGAGCGCAUGCAGUCUAUGAUGCCACAAACCCAGCAAUUUCAAGCUUCAGCAGCUCAGCAGCCCGGCCAGCAAAUGCAAGCAAUUUAUUCCACCCCUCCCAAGCAGCGUGCGCAGUCUGUGAUGCCACAAACCCAGCAAUCCCAAUCAGCUUAUCCUACCCCUACCAAGAAGCACAUACAGUCUGUGAUGCAACAAACUCAGCAACUCCAAGCUUCAGCAGCUCACCGAGUUCAACAGCCCACCCAGCAAAUGCGAGCAGUGUAUUCCACCCCGCCCAAGGAGCACAUGCAGUAUGUUUCCUCCCUUUCUGCCGCUUCACCUAGCAAGAGAAAUUUUCAAUUUAUGGAGAACAUUGUGCCUACCAACUUUGUGGCCAACCCAAACAACCAUCCCCGGUGGGGUCUCAGCCCUAAUGGAGAUCGAACCUACUUGAACGGACACCAGGCGAAAAAGGCACGAGUCUCGAAGUAG